AUGGGUGAGCAGUAUCUUGAGGCUAGGACACGGGAGUUUAUAGAUCUUGUUCAGGGUACUCUAUCAGUGGACAAGUACAAGGCUGAGUUUGUUCGGUUGAACCAGUAUGCUCCUGAAUUGAAUACCGAGGUCUUCGACGAGAUAGUUAAGAAGGCUCAUGCAUUAGAGGAGACUUUGAGGGAGGAGCCCAAAGCUACUUCGUUUGGAGUUGUUAAGAGGUCAACUGCGGCUGCUAGUGGUUCUGGUCGUAAGGCUAAGAGAGAUUGUUUCAGUAGAUCUGGACGACGUGUUGCUGGUGGCCGUAGUCAGGAUAGGCGAGCUGCGAGGGUUGAGGUUGAUCCUAUCCAGGUUAGGGGUGUUAUAGAUCCUGUUGAUCAGGGGGCUAUUGCAUGGCCGAUAUGUGAGCAUUGUAGUCUACGUCAUUGUGGUGAGUGCUUGAGGAUGACACAUGCUUGUCUUGUCUAUGGCUCAAUAGAGCACUGUGUCAGUGACUGCCUAAGGAGAGCCAUUAUUGCUCGUGAUCAGCACGUUUCUGCUGUUGUUGUUGCACCUACUCCGGCUCGAUGGAGAGGUCGUGGUAAAGCUGAUGGUGAUAAAGGUGUUGGUCAGCGUGGUGCUGCUCGAGGUAUUGAUGGUGGUCCAGCCAAAGUUUAUGUAGUGAGGGAGCCCAAGAUUAGUGAGGCCACUGAUGUUAUCGUAGGUACUUUCAUGCUACAAUCUUUUCUUCUGCUAGCUUUAGUUGAUUCUGGUUCGAUGAGGUCAUUUAUCUUGAGAGACGUAGCUAAAGAGUUGGGGAUUACUGUAGAGACAUCUAGAUCUAGUGUUACGGUUAAGAGCCUUCUAGGUGAUAGUGUAGUGGUGGAUCGAGUUUAUCGUCGUUGUCCUCUGGUGGUUCAAGGACAAGUGUUCUCGAUUGAUCUUCUCGAGCUGCUAUUUUGGGGUUUCGAUAUCAUUCUGGGUAUGGAUUGGUUCUGUGAGCAUCAGGCUAAGGUGGAUUUCGAGGCGAAGUUAGUGACUCUGUGUGGUGCUGGCAGUUCAAAAGUUGUUGUUGAUGUGUUUCUUGAGGAGUUGCCGGGAUUACCACCAAAUGGAGAAGUUGAGUUCAGUAUUGAGCUCUAUCUCAGUAUUGUUCUGUUGCAAGAGUUGUUGGAUCGUGGGUUCAUUCGUCUGAGUGUGUCUCUGUGGGGAGCAUCGGUGUUGUUCAUGAAGAAAAAGGUUAGGACUUUAAGGCUAUGCAUUGAUUAUCGCCAACUGAAUAAGUCAACCAUCAAGAAUAAGUGUCUGCUACUGAAGAUUGAUGAUUUGUUUGACCAGUUUCAAGGAGCUUUAAUUUUCUCGAAGAUUGAUCUGAGGUCUGGGUAUUAUCAGUUAAAGGUUAAGGAUUCAGAUGUGGUGAAGACUACUGCUUUCAGGACUCGGUAUCAUUAUUACGAGUUUCUUUUCAUGCUAUUCGGGUUGAUGAAUACACAUGUCGCAUUUAUGGACAUGAUGAACCGAGUAUUCCAUUCCUACCUAGAUCAAUUCGUAGUGGUUUUCAUAGAUGAUAUAUUGGUGUAUUCUCGAUCAGAGGAUGAGCACGAUGAGCACUUGAGAGUGGUUCUGCAAGUUUUGUAG